AGGCAGUAGCAUUACUUCAAUGGAAACGUAAUGGACGUUCUACAGCUAGGUUUAAGGCUUCGCGAUUUUGUUUAUAUCUCCGAUAAUCGGCAUCGAAAACUUUUGUAAUCACUUUUAAAUGCAAUUUUAUUGCACAAGGAUGUAGUGCGUGCAUUUAUUAUUAGUCCAAAUCGUGUGUUUUAUGUAUUUUACGUCUCUUUAAUAUUGCACCUUUUGUAGUUAGUAAUUGAUUGAUGUAAAGUGGAACCAAGCAUAUUUUUUCCAUAGUUUUAUUGUUUGAAAUUAGUAUUUUGUUGUUAUUAUUAAGUUUAACUAAACUUAUAUUUGUAAAAUAGUUGUUAUCGUAUAAGUUAUACUUUACAAGUGUUUAUUACUGGUUUAUUCCAACGAAGUUAUCAGAAUGGUUUCGCUGUAAGUAAUCACAAUAGAAUAUAAUAAUAAUGGCGUUGUGCGAGAGUAAGUUGGAUUCACCUCUUCCAUCUCUGAAGCACGAGGAGUCGUCUCCGAGAAGCGAGGAAAGUCAAGAGUCACCCGAAAAGAAACCUAAGCUGGAACCAAAUGGAGAUGUAUAUGUGACAGGAGGUAUACCUCUGGUGGACUACCGGUCGCCAGUAUCACAUUUCGUGCCUCCAGAGUUGUAUGCUGCAAGACAUAAACCUGAGUUGGUCUCGUCUCCGCCUGAACCAAAUGAUUCUCCAACGCCGACUAAGAGAAAACGAGGCAGGCCACGCGUGGACAAGACCAGUCCUGAAUAUUUGGCCAAUAUGGCUGCCAGGAAACAGGCUAGGGAAAUGGCGGCAGUUAUCAACAGCAGGACCUCGUCUCCAAGCGAUGCUGGUGAGAAGCGGAAGAGGGGCAGACCUAGAGUUGACAAGACCAGCGCCGAAUAUCUAGCCAGGAAGCGUGCUAGGGAACUAGAAACGUUGAACAGAAAAGCCAAAAGGGAAUACAAACGCCGUGGAGCUGGCGCGAAACCAAUCAACAAAACGGCGAUUAAAGUGUCGUCGCGUAUUAAAAAAUUACCGCCUGGCAAAAAGAUAAACACCACAAACAGGAAAUUGUCGACUAAAAUUGGAACAAUCAGAAAAGUUUCCGACAAAAAAGUUAUAAUGCGACGGAAUACGAAAUUUUUAAAGCGAAAAGAUUCAGCAGCGUCUUCGUCCACCGGUGAUACGACGCCGCGUGUGAAACGUAAAUAUACAAAACGUAACCCGAGCACGAAGAAAAAUGAUGCGGCGUCGUCAAAUGACAAAGUUAAAGGCAAGAGAGGUAGACCCCGCAAAGAGCAACAAUCAGGCAACAAUAAGUUACCUGAACAAGCGAAGAUCCGUGUGAGAAGCAACCUGAUGCCUGUGAAUACGGAGCCCAUCACCUUGGACAGCGACGACGAGCCGGAUUUAGGAUCACCGAGCCAACAGUCUGAUUCGUUGAGCCUGGACGAAAAUCUACGAGCGUUACGGCAUCUGCACGAGAAAUAUGCAAAUUUAGAUAAGGACGACAUGUACGGCUCCCAUCUGUUAGCGGCCAGUUUCAAGAAACCUCCUACAGAGAACUCUGUGAAAAUGAACAGCCAGACUGCAAACCAGGUGGUGAGCGUCCGUGAUGAUGAUGAAGUGCUUUCAGUCAGGAGUUCUGAAGGCUGCCCGUCAGUCAAAGAAUUGGACACGCGAGUUGAGAAACUAGAGGACAGUUCUAAUUCCGACUCGGACAGCAGUACUUCUGGAUCUGGCAGUUCCAGUUCCGGAUCUAGUUCGUCGUCAAGUUCGGACAGCUCGAGCUCGUCGGACAGUUCGGACAGCGAGUCGGACGACGAGAGACCUAAGACUGACAACGCGGCACCCGUCAAUAACGUUAACGAGGAUGAUAGGUCGUUCGGGUCGGAGUGGUACAGCGGCGCGCAGUCGGACUCGGACUCGGACCCCGAGCGGCUGCGGGGCGCGCUCGGCCCGCCGCCGCACCACGACGAGAUCAGCGAGUCCGACAACGAGUCGCCCGACAAGAGCUUCCAGUGCCACAUCUGCCGCAAGUGGUACUCCACCAGGGUCACGCUCAAAAUCCAUCGACGGAUCCACCAGAACCGCGGGGGUGGCAACUCGCGGUCCCGCGCUCGCUCCUCAGACAGAUACGAGUGUGACUGUUGUAACGAGACGUUUAAUCGCCGCGAGAAACUUUGGGAUCAUAAGGCUGAGGUGCAUCGUGGCACAAUGACGGUGCGCUGUGAAGUGUGCCGCAAGUGUUUCGAGGAUGACGCCGAACUGGCUGCACACGAUCGCACACAUUCUGCAGAUGAGCGCGCAGGCCGGUGCAGCGAGUGCGGCGCGACGUUCGGCCGCUUCGAGCAGCUGCGGCGGCACCGCGCCUGCGCGCACUCGGGCUCCGCCCCCGCCGCCGGGGGCUCCGCCGCCGCCUCGCUGCCGCACGCCUGCGCGCAGUGCGGCAAGCGGUUCUCACACGCGCACUCGCUCACCAGGCACAUGCAGAACCACGCCAAGCAGCUCUACAGAUGCGUCGUCUGCAAGGCAUCAUUCGCGCGAGCUGACCAGUUGGCACAACACCUGAACAGCCACCUCGCAAACUACAAGAGACUCAAGCCCUAAGCUUUCGCUCAGGAGUCAACACCUGAGCGAACUCAGAGCAGAACACCUGGGCCAAAGCUGAGGACUAUAGGGACCGAACGGGAGCGUGCAAGGAUGAAACAUUUUAAUGAAUUACAACACAUGAUUAUUAUUAUUAUAUUAUAUUA